CGCUCACGCUCGCUGCCAUGGGGCGGCGGGUGCCGGCGCUGCGGCCGCUGCUGGCGCUGCUGCUGCUGCUGCUGCUGCUGCCGCGGGCGCUCCCCAGGGCGCACUGCCCGGAACCUUGCCGCUGCCCGCCCGACGGCGCCCUGCGCUGCCCCGGCCCGCGGGCCGGCCUCACCCGACUGUCACUCACCUAUCUCCCUAUCAAACUAAUCCCAUCUCAAGCUUUCAGAGGACUUAAUGAGGUCAUAAAAAUAGAAAUCUCUCAGAGUGAUUCUCUGGAAAAGGUAGAAGCUAAUGCCUUUGACAACCUCCUCAAUUUGUCUGAAAUACUGAUCCAGAACACCAAAAACCUGGUGUACAUCGAGCCUGGAGCAUUUAGAAAUCUCCCCCGGUUAAAAUACCUAAGCAUCUGUAACACAGGCAUCCAAAAGCUUCCAGAUGUUACGAAGAUCUUCUCCUCUGAAUUUAAUUUCAUUCUGGAAAUUUGUGAUAACUUACACAUAACCACCAUACCAGGAAAUGCUUUUCAAGGGAUGAAUAACGAAUCCAUAACACUCAAACUAUAUGGAAAUGGGUUUGAAGAAAUACAAAGUCAUGCCUUCAAUGGGACAACGCUGAUUUCCCUAGAGCUCAAGGAAAAUGCACACCUGGAGAAGAUGCACAAUGGAGCCUUCCGGGGGGCCACGGGACCCAGCAUCUUGGAUAUUUCUUCCACCAAAUUGCAAGCCUUGCCUAGCUACGGGCUGGAGUCCAUCCAGACACUCAUCGCCACAUCAUCCUAUUCUCUAAAAAAACUGCCAUCGAGGGAAAAAUUUACCAACCUCCUGGAUGCCACACUGACUUACCCCAGCCACUGCUGUGCUUUUAGAAACUUGCCUACAAAAGAACAGAAUUUUUCAUUUUCCAUUUUUGAAAACUUUUCCAAACAAUGUGAAAGCACAGCAAGGAGACCAAAUAAUGAAACGCUUUAUUCUGCCAUCUUUGCUGAGAGUGAACUGAGUGACUGGGAUUAUGACUAUGGUUUCUGCUCACCCAAGACACUCCGAUGUGCUCCUGAACCAGAUGCUUUUAAUCCCUGUGAAGAUAUUAUGGGCUAUGACUUCCUUAGAGUCCUGAUUUGGCUGAUUAAUAUCCUAGCCAUCAUGGGAAAUGUGACUGUUCUCUUUGUUCUCCUGACUAGUCGUUAUAAACUGACAGUGCCCCGUUUUCUCAUGUGCAAUCUCUCUUUUGCAGACUUUUGCAUGGGGCUCUAUCUGCUGCUCAUUGCCUCAGUUGAUUCCCAAACCAAAGGCCAGUAUUAUAACCACGCCAUAGACUGGCAGACAGGGAGGGGAUGUAGUGCAGCUGGCUUUUUCACUAUAUUUUCAAGUGAGCUUUCUGUCUACACCCUCACAGUUAUCACACUAGAAAGAUGGCACACCAUCACCUAUGCUCUUCAGCUGGACCAAAAGCUACGUUUAAGACAUGCCAUUCCGAUCAUGCUUGGAGGAUGGCUCUUUUCUACUCUAAUUGCCACUUUGCCCCUUGUGGGUGUCAGCAAUUACAUGAAGGUCAGCAUUUGCCUCCCCAUGGAUGUGGAAACCACUCUCUCACAAGUCUACAUAUUAACCAUCCUGAUACUCAAUGUGGUGGCCUUCGUCAUCAUUUGUGCUUGCUACAUUAAAAUUUAUUUUGCAGUUCAAAAUCCAGAGCUGAUGGCUACCAACAAAGAUACAAAGAUUGCCAAGAAAAUGGCAGUCCUCAUCUUCACUGAUUUCACCUGCAUGGCACCGAUCUCUUUUUUUGCCAUCUCAGCUGCCUUCAAAGUGCCCCUUAUCACAGUAACCAACUCUAAAGUUUUACUGGUUCUUUUUUAUCCUGUCAAUUCUUGUGCCAAUCCAUUUCUGUAUGCGAUUUUCACAAAGGCAUUCCAAAGAGAUUUCUUUCUGUUGCUGAGCAAAUUUGGCUGCUGUAAACGUCGGGCUGAACUGUAUAGAAGGAAGGAUUUUGUGGCUUAUACCUCUAACUGCAAAAAUGGCUUUACUGGAUCAAAUAAGCCUUCUCAGUCCACCCUGAAGUUGUCUCCUUUGCAGUGUCAAUAUAUGACUGUCCCAGACAAGACUUGCUAAUAGAGUGUUAACUGUUUUAUCAGUAACCACAUUAUUGAAUUGUGCUUAAAAAUGUAAAAAAUGAUCUGUACUAGUAAUUUUAACAAAGACUUGGUUUUAGGAAAUUAUUUAUUCUUAGGCACACUGGGCUAAAAAGAGAUAGCUACCUAACUCAAAGUGUUGUCCAUGA